GCGCAUACUCUAAAUCGUUCUCUUAGCACUGUGUUCGCCAUCUUGGAGAAUAAAGAUGUUGAUCCCCAAGAAAAACCGAAUAGCCAUUUAUGAGUACCUCUUUAAGGAGGGAGUCAUGGUGGCUAAAAAGGAUUUUAAUCUCCCAAAGCAUCCUGAUGUUGAGGGAGUUCCAAACUUGGAGGUCAUUAAGGCUGCCCAGUCAUUAAAAUCUCGUGGAUAUGUCACAGAGAAGUUUUCUUGGCAAUGGUACUACUGGUACCUCACAAAUGAAGGAAUCACAUACAUCAGAGAAUUCCUUCACCUUCCUCCUGAGAUUGUACCAGCUACUCUUCGCCGACAAGCUAGGACUGAAACAGCUAGACCGCGACCUAAAGGUCCAGACCAACCCCGUGGCCCUCCAUCUGGUGACUCUGCUGACCGUGAGGCUUACAGGCGUGGUCCUGCCCCUGGUACGGAACCAAAAGGUGGAGCUGGCUCAGACUUCAAGCCUGAAUUUAGGGCUGGUUUUGGCCGUGGCCGUGGUGGAUUUGGAGGUUCAACUCAGCAGUGAACAAUUUAAAUAAGAUCAUUGUUAAUAGUAUGAAAAAUAAACAUCCUUCAAGUAAA